AUGGCAAACAUUCUAGAUGUUUCUACUGACGACAAUCUACAAUACCAAUUCUUCCCAAUAUCCAGUGGUUCUGUUCAGUUUAAGAUAAGAGCCCCAAAUGAUGCACACGUCGCUCUCACCAUGGGCCCUCAAGAAUCUGACCCCAUGUAUGAGGUGAUUAUUGGUGGUUGGGGCAAUACCAAGAGUGUUAUCAGGAGAAACAGAACAAAGCCAGACAAAGUUGAAAUUCCAACCCCUGAUAUCCUGAACGGGGGUGAAUUUCGCGGCUUCUGGGUGAGAUGGGACAGUGGCAUUGUGUCAGCAGGUCGUGAGGGAGAAUCCAUUCCUUUUAUCUCUUGGCCUGACCCGGAACCUUUCCCUAUUGGUUUCGUCGGAGUUUGUACUGGCUGGGGUGCUUCCGGCACAUGGAAAAUCGAAGAUGGAGCCGAGUUCAAUACGCCCGACAAGUUAGAGUAUAAAUUCGGGCCGGUCGCGUCUGGUUCUUUGGAGCUCGACUACCGCGGCCCUCACAACUGCCACGUCUGUCUUACACCUGGCCCUGCUGAAGUUGAUCCCAUGUACGAAGUCAUUCUCGGUGGAUGGGAAAACACACAAUCUGUUAUUAGACAUUGCAGGCAGAAACCGGAUAAGGUUACCGUUCCAACACCGGGUAUUAUGAAUGCCAACGAGUUUAGGAAGUUCAUCUUCGAAUGGCGCUGCGGCAGAUUGGCAGUUCGUGAUGGUGCCUCUGGGGCCGUGUUAAUGGAGUGGAAGGACCCCGCACCUUUCCCUAUAACUCACUUUGGUGUACGCACGGGAUACGGUGCGCGAGGAAAUUGGCGCAUACAACAUUUCUACAAAGGCGGACAGAAUCCAAUUCCACCAUCGGCACCAACUGCACAAGCUUUGUACAGCCCGCCCCCCGGUUACCCUGGUGUCGCUCCUGUGGGCGGAGCCGGUGUAUGGGUAAACGCGACAUCCGGCCAAGUGCCGCCUGGCGCGGUAGCAGGAGGACACGAUUGCUCUGGCGAACCCCUAUACGUGGCUAGAGCACAACACGAGGGAGCCAUGAUACCCGGCAAGCUGGUCUCGUCACAUGGAUGCGCUUAUGUGCCCUGGGGCGGCAAGGAAAACGGCAAGAAUGAAUAUCAGGUGUUAGUUGGUGGACAAAACCGUUGGGUCCCAUCCAGCGGAUCAAACAUUCCUCCAGGUGCAUUACCUGGCGGAGAGUCUGAGGACGGAGAGCCUCUGUUUAUCGGCAGGGUCAACCACGAGGGCAGCAUCACUACCGGCAAAGUGCAACAGUCCCACGGCGUUUGUUACAUCCCGUUUGCUGGUCAGGAGCUAGGUUUCCCUGACUAUGAAAUCCUCUUACAG